ACUUCCGUACUUCCGACCUGGAUAUACUAGAUCUAGUCUCUACAGACUUUUAGAUUCUAGAUCUAGAUAAGAUAGUAAGAUAGGUAUUAGUAUACGAGACUAGAUCUAAACUCAAUCUAAUAAAUGUCAUCACUUGAAAACGCAGAAUGGAUGACGUUAUUAAAAUCCACAAGUUUAUUAGAUAUACCUCUAACAGAUUUAGCAAUUCCAGGAACUCAUAAUUCAGGCACAUUUGCCUUAGAUUCUAAUGGCUGUGUGGUGCCCGGAGCAUCAACAGAAAUAGAAAAUCUUGCCAACAAUCCACUUAUUGGACAGAUGGCUAAAGGCAUCAUUCAACGUUGGGCAGUUUGCCAAUCUCUAGAUUUCAGCCAUCAGCUUGAGUUGGGCAUCAGAUAUUUUGACCUCAGAGUGGCCACCAAGCCUGAUUGUCAAGAAAUAUUUUGUGUUCAUCAAUUGUAUGGCUCGAAGGUAACAGACUUGACUGAUGCUGUAGACAAGUAUUUGAAAGCUCAUCCACAUGAAGUGGUUUUGAUUGAUUUCAAUCAUUUCUACUGUUUUGAAGCAGAACAUCACAUCCAGCUGGCCACACUUCUUCUGUCAGUAUUUGGAACAAAAAUAUGUCCUAACUGUGACCUACAGAGUCUAACACUGAGAAGGAUGUGGGAGGAUAAAAAACAGGUGAUUAUUUUCUAUCAAUCACCUGAAGUGGAAAUGUUUCCGGAAUUUUUUCUGUCAGAUACUAUUAUCUCUCCUUGGCCCAACACUCCAGAUAAAGAACUCUGUAAACAAUAUUUAAACCAAAAGUUGACACAGAAACACAAAAAAUUUGUAGUUUGUCAAGGUGUUUUGACCCCAACUCUGGCUACCAUUAUGGCAGGUCUAUUCGGCAGUUUAGAGAACUGGACAAAACCAUGGAUUACAGACUUUACUACAUGGAUAAGGGUCAGUGAUCCCUGCCAACAUCAUCUCAACAUUGUUAUUACUGAUUUUGUUCACAAUAGUGAAUUUAUACAAACUGUGAUAGAUUUGAACAAAUGUAAAGUGAAAGCUGAACUCCACUGAACUAUACAUAAAGUGAAUUCAUUGAUCGGAGCAAAAGAAAAACGGAUCAAGUGUAAAUGUUUCAAGGAUUAUCACAUGUGAAUAGCAUUAUUAUUAUUAUAGGAUUGAUGUUAGAACUUUCUCAAGGUGUACAUUGUGAUUGCAUUGCCCUGCAGAAAUUCUUGUUUGGGUGAACUCACUAUUUGUUGUCCUUCCACUGCCCAAUGACUGCAUUCCAAACUUGAUGGUAUUGGCUCACAUUCAAGCUAUUUACAGCUGAAGCAAAUAUUUAGUAACUCCAUUCAAUAAAGUACAUUGAUAUGUCCCACCCUUUAUUAUAUUUUUUUCUGUGUCUGUAACAUUUCUUAUUCCUUAUAAAUUCAUAUUUAGUGCUCCUUCUUUUCUAGUGCUAUUAGAGCAUGGAACAGGUUGCCUAAAUCAGCCAGGAAAACUAAUGACUAAGCAGAUUUUAAGCAUGACUAGAUUAACACAAGCCUAAGUUGUAAUUAAGAGAUGUUUGUAAUCUAUUAGAUUAGAUCUUGCUUUGUGUGUUAAUUUGGUGAAAAAAUAUAAGAUUAUCAUUUAUUUUUCUUUUCAAUUUUACACUGUUAGUACUAAGUAGUUUCAAGUAAAAAUCUAUCCAAUAGUCUGUCUGCUAGUUUUCCAUAAUUUCUGCUAGUGUUGAUUCAAUUCAAGCAUUCAAAUUGCUUUCAAUUCUAAUUAUGAAACUAUUAGACAGUACUUGAUGUCUACAGCAUGAGAGAGAAAACAAGAAAAGCAUAAAAAUUAAGUCAAAACCUUUAUACAACUUAUAGAGCAAUUAUUUUCUCUGAAUAACUCAUGAAUGUUAGAUUAAAAAACAAUGGAACAUUUUUUUUUUUGACCUUGCUAAGAUAAAUAUUUUCUCUUUCUCUAACCUUAAAAAAAAUCUUUUAAAUAUUUCAAAUGAUAUUGAAACAUUUUUGUUGUCAAAUUUUAUUUUACAUAAAUUUAUGUGAUAAGCUGUUGACAAUUUUGUAUUUAAUUUUUUUUAAAGUUUUGUAAUAAAUUUAUUUUAAAAUUUAACAUAUGUACAUGAAAUCUUAGCUUUUAUGAACUUUUAAAAUUUUUCAGAAUACAAAUUGUGUACAUAAAGUUGCAUUUAUUUGUGUAAGAUUUUGUUAAUUGUAAGGUUUUGACAAACAAGUGCUAUAGUUUUGCAGGAUUAGCUUAAAAACAAUAAAAUACAAAUCAUUGUAGUUUAACUAACUACUUAUAGUCCGACAGUUACGCUGGGCAGGGCACAUAUCCCGCAUGAGGGACGAACAUAUGCCAAAAGCAAUCUUUUUUGGUGAGCUGAAAGGUGGUCGAAGUAACACAGGUGCCCCAAGGAAACACUUUAAAGACCAGCUUAAGCUCCAACUUGAUUUAACUGACAUAGAAGAGAGCACCUGGUUGUAGACGGCUUCAGAACGAAACAAUUGGAGGUCGCUUACAAAGGCUGCAGGAUACAAUUUGAGACCAAAAGAAAAUUUGCUGUUGAAGACAGAUGUAGAGGGCGUAAAGAAAAUCUAAAUUGACCACUGGCGGACAAUGGUUAUGCCUGGGAUAAAUAUAGCAAAAUUUAUAGGUUGCAGCUGGGGCUGCGUUGCUAUAGGAAAUACUGCAUUCCUCAGUAAUCUUCUCGAAAACAAGCUUUAUUAUUAUUAUUUAUUAACUAGCAGUUAUUUUAUUUUGAAAAAAAAAUCUUCGAUCUGCAAACUAACAAAAAACCACUUAUAAGAAAAUCAAUUAUAUUUUUUUUGAUUACUAGAUUUUUAUGGAUGUUUUUAAGAGUAAUUACAUACAAAUUCAUUUUGUGUAGAAAUCCUACUAAAAAUAGUAACAGCAUCUUAGCAUCUUUUUUUUUAGUUUAAUUAUUUAUAAAGAUAUUAUUGUGGCACUAAGGAAAUGAGUGCUUGGUUGGAGGCAUGUCUUGUAUUCAAAUUCUGUUAGAGAUUUUAAUUUUAUUUGGGAUUUUUAAACAUCCCUGAGUCCUACAAGAUAUUUGUUUGUCUGCUGAGGAUGUUUGUGUUGGUCAUAUAAUACAUUUGUAUUGAAUGUUGUCUAGGAAAUCUGACAAUGUACUUUACAUAAGAAACAAGUCAAAUCAAAGUAUUUUAAAAAAUAAAUAUUUGUAUGAC